UGUACAUCUAAAAGACGGCCAUGCUCUUCUUGCCUGUACUGUUGUUCUGUUCUUUCAGUUUCAGAGGUCUGGCUCCCUCUGGUGGUCUGUUAUGGCUUUCUUGCUGGUUUCUUGGAGCCUGUCCACCUAGCUGUGAUUUCUGACUGGCUGCACCUGGGUGGAAGGCAGAGUCUCUCUCCAUGGUUUUUGUGUUUAUUGUUUUUGGAAUAGAUAGAUUAUUACUGAAAUGCAAAUGUACAGUUUGGACCUCCCUUUACUAUUACGGCCUAAACGAGGUGGUCAUCAUCACAUCCUACACACACUGAUUCCAAGUGAGAAACAGACAUAUUAACUGAGAGGUUUUUGAAAAGAAGGAGGACUUGUCUACAGCAGUGGAUGUCAACUGGUGUGGGUCGAGAGCUGCAACCUCCGGUGUUGAAAGGUCCGGAUAUUUACAGAGAAAUGAUCACUCCCAACUUUGUCAAUGCCAUCCACGAAUACUGUGAAGAGAUUGGGUGGCAGCAGAUCUGGUUGAUUUCUGACAUUUUCUUUCUGUUCACCGGGGUGUUGGCUAACACCGCCCUGCUUUGGCUGUUUCUGCAGGAGAGGAAACCACUGUCUGCCUCACAGGUUCUAGGUGUGAAUGUUGUUGUGAUGGAUCUUAUCUACCUGUCUAUAAUGCCCAUUAGGUUAUUUUUUGAUGCAAAGAUGAUGAAAGAAGACAACAAAACAAGACAAGACUUUUCCCCGACCGGGCCACAUGACAAUGUUACAAAUCCUUGGGAAACAGCAACAGAUGUCUUCAAGAUGUUCAACCUGAUUGGCUGUCCCCUGCUGCUGUCCUGUAUGUGUAUUGAGCGCUGCCUGGCCGUUAUUAAACCUGUGCUGUAUCUGAAAGUCAGGAAGUGGGAGUACCGAAUGGUUGUUUCUGCUGUGGUGUGGGUGAUCACCUUAUCCUUCUGUAUGGCUUCAGUCAUAGUGGACGAUAUGACUGUCAUGAUGGCUCCGGUUUCCAUCACAGUGUCCUGCCUCUUCAUCCUGAUGCUCGCCUGCCUUUGUGGCAUGAUCUGGUCACUGAUGCAGCAAAGCCCCGCCCAUACCAUGUUGGGAAACCAAGCCUGCUCGGAGCCCCCCCUAAAGAGACAGGCAGUGUGUAAUGUUUUGGUUGUGGUGGUGCCAGCAGUGAUAUCUUACCUCCCAGUCCUGCCAAUGGUUCCCUUGCUCGUCUACAUACAAUAUCGUAAGGCUUUGAGUAUUGAGGUGUGUAAUGUUUUUGAAUUGUCUGAGUUGUUUCCAAGGUUCGGUGUGUUCAUAGGUCCACUGUUCUAUCUCUCCAGGGCUAGAAAAAUGUGCUGCCUCGUUAGCUUCAAACCUUCACACAAAAAAUGAUGUUAUGGGAAGUUUAGACAAGGAUUUGUAAUAUGAUCAAGACACGACUGCUCGGUUUCGAUUAUUUUGUUCCUAGGGCUCCCCCCCUAUUUAGAAGAUAAUCUACCAAAACAUAGAUGUUAGACUUAAAGGAAACAAUUGCCAAAUAUAUGUGAACAGUGAGAAGCAGUGUAUUCUGUCCGUCCAUCCAUUGUCUAUCCCACUUUUACCGUUUGGGCUCACGAGGGGCUGAAAGCCGUUUACAAGCUGUCAUUGGGCGAGAGGCAGGGUACAGUCUGGACUGUCUGCCAGUUAAUCACAGUGCCACUGUAUCCUGUGCAAAACUUCAUAAUUACUGGAGGCUGGGUCAAAAACGGAUACAGUAUAGUAUAGUGAUAUUUUGUGUGGCGAUAUUAUAUAUGGCGGCCAAGUAUGGAUAUUUUUAAUAUGAUAUUUAAGAUAAGCUUUUUACAUUUAUAACUGCUGAAGGGGUUGCACAAUUAAUUUUGA